AUGGUCAAGGAAAUCAAGGAAACGCCGGUCUAUCCGUUGUCACCGGCAGAGCGUCAAAGAAAAAGGAGGCUGAACUUCGAUGAGUCGCCGGAGACGUCGACAAACUUCUAUACUGCCACGAAUGCGCUGAUUCAAGAUCAACAAAUUCCACUUUAUGCCAGGACAAUCCUGGCGUACCUCAUCGAUAGCAGGAAGCAAAUGGAGGAAAUGAUGAAGAACAACCGUGAGUUAAUGGAGAGUGUCAAGAAGCUAUCGGAAGAAGUCAUUUCUCUUAGAGCAGAAAAUAAUCGCUUAAAAGAAUCUGUUACUAGAUCUGCUCCUGAGCGAUCCAAGGACACGGUUACAAAGGACGGCCAAAUGGAGGACAUCGAAAAGAGAAGACUGACGCUAAACCACUAUCAAACAUCUCUAAAAACCGCAAAGCAAAAGGACGAGAUGGCAUCGAAAAUUGAUAUCGUAAAGGACGAGGCAUUACGAAAAGAAACGACAGUCGGCAAGAGCAUAGAUGCUAAGCCAAAACAAGCUACUACUGGUAGAGAGAUUAUCUCAUUAUAUCUGCAGGGUGAUGCGAUUGCGUCGAUAACCUAUCGUAAGAUAUGUAACGCAUUAGAAGUGCUGCCUAAUUGGGAGCCGGAAGCAAAAGUUCAAUUCCUGGAACAGUUUCUGAACAUCAGUGAUCUUUUGGAUAAUCGCUGUGCUGCUCUUGUAUCGAAUCUGGCUCGUCUAAAUUGGCAAGCAGUUCCUGCACAAAUUUUGGAUAAAUUUCAAAGAUUGCUAUGUGAUAUCGCCGUACGACAGGUAUGCCAUAUGGAAGUUAUAUACAGUUCUGCUGUAAAUAAUCUGAUUCCUUUAGUGAGAGAAAAUGAAGAAAGCGGCAAGUUUGAGCUUGCUUUACCAGUGGAAGAGCAGGAAAAAUUGUACGUUGCUGCACAUAGGAUAAUUGAACAAAUCCUCAACUGUUUACCCAUGUCUAGCAAAGUCCUUUUGCGACUUCUUCGUAAUGGCGCACCGCACAUAAGUCACGAUAGUCAUCGAUUCAUUGGCUAUAUUAGAAACCUCAUGCAGUGUCUUGAAUAUGCUGAAAAGCUUCGUGCCGAUAUUUGGGAGAUCAUUAUCGAUCAGAUGAUUGUCUGUGAUAACAUGUUAUCAAAGGCGGAGUGCCGUGCAGAGAAGAAAUUCAUUGCUGAUGCUACGAUUUUCCAGAUGGACGAAGAGCAACGUAACGGCUCAGAGAAUGAGAAUGAAGAGAAUGAACGUUUGGCGAAAUUGGACGGAGCUAUGCGAGAUGUGCUUUGUUACAUUGCAUCUAAACAUGGUGUGGAAACCGAACUCGAUGAUCUGAAAUGGCUGCAUGCCAAGGAUGGCUCGAGCGAACGAGAGUUAUUCAAUAUCCUUUCGUCACUGCUGGAAGAUCGCAUGCUUCUGUCGGUACAUGUGCGGUACACUUCCUUCCUCUGGCUAUACCUUUGCAGUAUCAAAGAGGCAUAUGCUACUCGAAUUUUGGACCUCCUUUGGUCUGUACUUGUGCGACCCCAUGUUGCCCAGGUUGAUAUAGCAAAAGCGCAAGGAGCUGCAGCUUAUCUGGCCGCAUUUCUUGCUAGAGCGGAAUACUUAGAUAUAAAAAUCGCAAUUUUUUGGAUGUCACGUAUUGUACAGUGGUGUUUGCAGUAUCUGGAUAAUUGCGGAGUUGGUUCGAAAAGAGUAAUACCCGGAGUUGUCCGACAUGGAACAUUCUACGCGCUAUGUCAGGCGUUUUUCAUAAUUUUCUCUUUCCGCUACAAAGAAGUUGUUCGCAUUGGAGAAAUGGCCAAUGUUGCACAUUGGGGUUUGGCUCGUAUCGUGCAUUCUUGUUUGGAUCCCCUGAAGUAUGUGAGCGGUCCUGUUGGCCAGUGUUUUGCAGCGAUUAGCAGAUCUCUCCAACUCGUCUAUUGUAACAAUGUAUUACCUAUGGAUUCGGGUGUCACCCUUCCAUUCGAGCCGAUGUUUCCCUUCGAUACUUACAAGCUCAAGAGUUCGAUGAUCGUGGUUCUACCAUUGUUGCGGAAGUUCUCUCCUUUGGCUGAAGAUAAGAGCGAGGUCAUUUCCGCCUUACGGAGUUCUGUAAUCAAGCCUCAGGAGGAAACGAUGGACUUCCUUGACGACGAGGAUGAGAUUAUGAGUUCUGUCCCUGCGCAAACUCCUGUCACAGCACAAUGCAACAAUCAGCUUUCAAUGUUUACAAUCUACUCUACCAGCCCUGGUCUUCGCCACUUCGAAGCUCCAUUGAACAUGCGAUUCAUAUAAUGAAACUUUGCUACUUUACUUAUAAUUUUUAUAGGUUUGUUCAUCCUGGAUCUUUCAUCUAGUCCAUUGUCAGGAUAGUCCACUCCUGCGGUUUGAAUGCUGCCCUUUUCAUUAUUAUGGCACAUCUCUUUGUAAUCACUAGUAUCAGUGGCGCUCGAAUAAGUUUUUUUAGAAGCCGCUGCUGCUGAGUAUCAACUCAGUAUAACCUUUCUCUUGCUGUUGUCAAUCAUCGACAACUCCGUCUGUACAACCAACUUUUUCUUAAUGUGAUUAGUUACAAUUUGGCUGUUUUAAGCUGUUUGCGACUGAAGAGGGUUUUUAAGGCAGUGUUUUGGUUGUUGAGAGUCAGUGUUCAUGUACUGUAUAUGAUUGUUAUGGUUUUUAUUCUAUUAGUUGUUAGUUGUUGGAGGUCUGUUUGUGUGAGUUUGUAGUUUUCUUCUGUUAAAAUCCAUUGUUAACUCUGGCGAGUUUUACUUGCUUGUUGAAUAAAGACAUUUUUUUACA